AUGCACGGACCCAUAGCUGCCCUCUGCCUGGCCUGGGCCCUGGCCCUGGGGUGCGCCCGGCCCCUGACCCACGAGAAACCUGGGGCAGUCGGAGUGGGCCCCCACCAUGUGGCCGAGCCCCCCAGCAAUGACACUGGGCUGUCGGAGCUGUGCGGAGAUGGGGACGGGGACGGUGGCGGCCUCGACGCGGUGACGCUCAGCGCCAACGGCACCAUGCUACUUUUCCGAGGUGGGGAGGUGUGGGAACGGUCGAGGAGGGGCCUCCAGCGCCGGCCGCUGGCCGCAUUCUGGCCGGAGCUGGGGGGCCCCGUGCAGGCGGCGCUGUGCAUCCACCGGCGGAAGGACCCCCAGGAGCACGACAGCCUCUACCUCUUCCAGGGCGAGCAGGUGUGGGCCUACGCCGGGGGUCAGCUCCGGGCCGGCUUCCCGCAGCGGGUGGGGGACGUGUUCCCGGGCAUCCCCGGGGGGCUGGACGCCGCUGUGGAGUGCCACCCCGAGGAGUGCCGCGGCGAGAGCAUCCUCUUCUUCAAGGGGGACACAGUGUACUCCUUUGACCUGGAGCUGCGGGUGGCCAAGCAGCGCUCGUGGCUGGCGCUGCAGCCCUGCACGGCGGCCCUGCGCUGGCUGGAGCGAUAUUACUGCCUCCACGGCACCAGCUUCCAGCGCUUCAACCCUGUCACUGGCGAGGUGCCCCCUGGCUACCCCCGCGACAUCCGUGACUACUUCAUACCCUGCCCUGGCCGAGGUCAUGGGUACACGGGUCCUGGGAACAAGUCGCAGGAGGCUGCUGGUGACCGCUGCAGUGAGCGCCCCUUCGACGCCUUCGCCUCUGACGACGCUGGCCGCAUAUAUGCCUUCCGCGGUGGGCAGUACUUUCGCCUGGACUCCCAGCGGGACGGCUGGCACGCCUGGCCCCUGGGACACGCGUGGCCAGAGCUGCAGGGAGAGGUGGACGCAGCCUUUGCCUGGGACAAGAAGAUGUACCUGAUACAGGGCUCUCAGGUCUCCAUCUACCUCUCGGACCAGGGCUACAAGCGGGUGGAGGGGUACCCGCGGGCCCUUCACGACGAGCUGGGCAUCACCAGUGUAGAUGCUGCCUUCACCUGCCCCGACUCCGAAAAGCUCUACGUCAUCUCAGGGAACAGCAUCCGGCUGGUGGACCUGAAGGAGACGCCACGGCGUGCCGAAGUGGCAGUGCUCCUGCCCCAUGCGCAUGUCGACGGCGCCCUGUGCACCGCCAAUGGCGUCUUCCUCUUCCAUGGCCCCAACUACCACCAGUACCAGAGUGUGGCCGAGCUGACAGGGGCCAGCCAGCCUGCCCCGCCGCGCAACAUCAGCGUCGACUUCUUCCAGUGCCCCCAGUAAUGGGGGAUGCCCCUGGAAGCCUGGGUCCCCUGUGGCAGCCUGCAGAAAGCCGAGACUCAUCUGGCCCCUGCCCACCUGUGUCUGUGCAGCCAAUAAAGCCAGAGG